CCUACCUAUUUGACAUUUUUCAUAUUCCAUUAGCCUACUUAUAGAGAUGCUCUUAAAUGUGCCAACCAGUUAUUCAGCGAUUCAUUUUAAAUUCUCUCCUGCAUCCAUUUCCUGAACUAAGUUUUCUUUUCAACCUUGCUACCUUUCUUUAUUCUCAUGGCCUUUUAGCACUCAAAAUUUGUCAUAAUAUUAGUUCAUUUAUUCAAACUAUUUUAGUAUCCUUGUCUGUACCACUGUUGUUUUUCUCAAUCUCCUUUUGUUCUUUUUGUGUCUUUUCUUCUAUCAGCCUCUGUGCAAACAAGUUCUGUUGGGCCAUUUUCUGUGAGUGCUUUCAUACUUUUCACUAUGGUUAUCUCAGCAGCCACUUCCAAUAGCAAUAUCCAUCAGUUGCAAAGUUUCAACUCUCAGAACAACAACUACCACCUACGUGAUGCCUCCUUCUCUUCAUACUUGAACAGCAAAGAAGAGAUCCUGGGUGAAUCAGGCCAUGGCUUUGCCAGCAACAGAAAGGAGCAUCUUCACCAUGGAGUAAAGAAGGAAGAUGAUGGAGAAAUUGGAGUGUUUGGAGCUGAAAAGUACUUCAACGGAGAAGAUAUGGAAAGCCCCCCAAGAGUUGUUAACAAUGAUGCAAACAAGAACCAGCCCCAGAAAGAUGAACAGACAGCUCUUGUAACUAGGAAGAACAAAGUUCAGUAUGGAACUCCUAGUGUUCGGUCUGAGUCAAGUUUGAACAGCCAAAGUGCACUGUUGCAAAGUGGUGUGAGGAAUUCCUCCAAGAACAUGAAAAACAAACUGCGGAGGAAGAGUUUUCUGGCUAGUCUUGGUUGCAAAUGCUAUUGUUCUGACAGUAAUUCUGUUGAUAUUAGUGACCAUGCAGGUGAAAUCAAAGAUGCCAGUAAUGGAAAAACAACUUCAAGAAAUAUCUUCAAUGCUGACCCAGAGGCUAAUCAUUUAGUUAAAAUGACUAAGCCUCAUGCAGCAGAAAUAUUGAUCAGCAAGGAUGCAUAUUUCCAAAGGCCAGAGAAGUUGGCACAGGGAUUGAGCAGAGAGAAGAGUUCAUCACUCUCAUCUGUGACUUCUAGCUCAGGAAAUCAACUGGUGAAACUGCAACUUCAAGCAGAGAAGCCGAGGAAUUCAUUGGAAGUGUUUGGCUCUCCAAUAUUAGAUAGCAGGAGCAAGUCCUUGAGCUUUGAUAGAAGGUUGGCAAAAACAUCAUGGGAAGCUGCUCCUAAAAUUGAAGAAACUGAUGCUGGUGGAAACUACAAUGAUGCUGAGAGUGAUGCAAGUUCAGACUUGUUUGAGAUUGAAAGCCUCACAGGCAAAUCCAACUCCCUCCUUGCUAGAUCCACAUCCAAUAUUGUUUCUAGCUGUGCCAGCCCCACAACUUGUUAUGCACCGAGUGAGGCAAGCAUAGAGUGGAGUGUAGCCACUGCCAGUGCCUUAGAGUACUCAGCCAUGUCAGAUUUCGAUGAUCAAAGGUCAAUAGCAACAACAAGGAGUCCAAUUAAAACAUCCUUAGUUUCCUCAAAUGCCAAACCAAAAGUCAUCAAAGAGAUGCAGAGGCGGCGUCCUAGCAUUCUGUUGGGUUGCAAGAGCCAGAAAGCUGUAGGUGUUGCUGCAGAUGCAUUCACAGCAUACGACAAACCUAGUUCCAAUACCCAAAUCCGUCGCAGGUCGGACACAUACCCUCAUGUGACAGAGUUCAAGGCAGAAACAAAGGAGGGAACUUUUGGUCCAAGACAUAAUAAGCAACAUGCUUAUGCCACACCCCCACUUCAGCGCUCACUCUCACCACACCCUUCACAACUCUUGUACAUUUAGUUUCUGCUUGAAUACAUGUGUGUGUAUUUGAAGUUUCAUCAAUGAGUAAAUCCUAAGUUAGUUUGUAUGCAUCAAUCAUUUUAGUCUCUUAACUUUGCUAAAUGUUACUUUAGUAGUUGGCUUUGAGAAUGCUGUUCACUUGGUCCUUAACAUCAAUGAAAUUAAAUGAAGGAUGUGAAUGACAUUUUCUGAAGUUAGGGACUAAAGUAAACGAAGGAGAAGACUAAAAUGACUGACAUAUACAAUACAAGAGACCAGAGUGAAGGUUUACUCUUAGUUCAAUUAUGUAUCACGAGUCUUCAAUUUGUAUGAUAGAUGUGUUGUUCAACAGUAAUCAUUUUCUGUCAAUAAUGAUACAUGCGUGUCGUGUCUCCCUCUUGCUGAUUUUCGUGUAUU